CCGGAAGCCGGUCGACCCGCGACUCGUGCUCUCAGAGGCCUCACUAGCCUUGGCCACAUGUAUCACGCGUUCCCGUGAAAAGAGUUCCGCAGAAAAUGCGCCGCGUUUACGUAAUCCGCGGUAACGCGAUGCCACGCCGGUACUGGUAGGCACGCGGGUGCGUUGUGGGAAUUAUUCCGCGAUCUUGUCGAUCAGUGCUAUCGCGAGUUUAACGCGAGCGAAGUUCUCCCUCGGACGAGAGAAUACCGGAUAGAUACUGCGUGACGAAACCGAGCCGGGGGGGUUGCGCGCGUGUUCACCGUUCGCUGGUGUGUUGGCACGUAUGGUACACGUCCCAAGUGCCAUUCGACGAUCAUCCGCGGACUUGAGACCAGUCUCGUGAUCCGCGGCGCCGUUCACGUUGCUCCGAGCGGAGGUGCGUGAACCGCGCGCCGGUGGUGGAUCGCCGAAAGCGCCGAGUCAGCGCGUUCGUUCCUAACCCCCGCCGGGGAAUAACACGAGGUCGCGGCGCGCCUCCGCGCGCGUGUUAACGAACGCCGGCGACCUCGCGUGAUCAUUGCGCGACCGGACGACGUACACGCGGCGAACGUGGGUGAUACAUCUGCUUUGUUCCGCGCGACCGCGUGCUCGCACGCCACGCGCGCGCGUCUUACGGAAAAUUCCCCCCCUCCGCCUGUGACGUCCUGUGACGUCUGGUGACGUGCCGAACUACGGAAGCUGACGGAAGUGGACCACUUCGUGCCUCCGUCGUCGCGUCCUCCUUCGGGGUGAACUAUCGCGCGAACGCCACGCGAGAGACGGAAUUUUCCCUUAGCAUGGAGUUGGGUAUGUGAAAUUAGAGGACGCGCAAUAGGUUAGUUUGCCCAUCUUGUAAAAUCAUCGACCGUCAUCGACGGCCCUGAUCGUAAACCCUCCUCCCUCCCUUCCCUUCUCUCCCCCCCCUCGAGGACGAUUUGAGAAAGCUUCCGCGGGGGAGUGACGUCCCGACGGCAGCGACGAGGGUGAAUUUGGUGGCGGUACGCAUCGACCUCGUGCACGGUCCGCGAACCUCGUGUUUUUGUUCCCCGACGGCGUGCGCCGCAAGAUGGCGGCGAAACUAGCCAGCCAAGGUGGCGCUCGGAGCGGCGGCGAGCGACAGGAGGCGGGGCCCUGUCAGUCCUACGCCAGUGUGCUGAAUCCGAAAGGUGCCUCUCAAAAUCGUGCCAACUCCUUCAAGAGCAACAACAAGGAGAACAUUGACGAUCAGGUGGCAGUGCCGCAGCAGCAACAGCAACACUUAUUGCAACAGCAGCAACAUCAAACGACAACAAAUGCGAAGGAGAAGAUAGUGCCAAGUGUGAAGGGUGGUAAAUCCUAUCAGAGAAUCACUCGGUGCCCUCAGACUGUUCCGAACAGUUGUCCGGAGAGACGCGAUCAUCACGAGAACUCGUCGAGCAUGCCGGUCGCGCACGUCGACGUCGUUCACACGUCAUUGGCGUCGCCGGCGCCUGGCGCGUCACAUGAGAACGACGGCCAAAAUGACGCCGAACGGCUCAACAACGGCAGUGUUGGCAACGACGGUGAAUUCCAGACAGUCGCCACGAAGGGUGCCCGGCGUAAAGAAAAAUUACGCGAACAGUAUCGCGAGAAUCAUCGGGAGCGUCACCGGUUGCGCGAUAACAACAACCGCCAUCAGCCACCACGUGGUCCCAAUGGCGUCGGGGGUGGAGGCGCCGGUAGACGCGGCAGCGACGAGAGAUCGCACAGAGAGCGCACCGACCGCAAUGGCGUCCUCGAUCAUGGCUCGAAGGAGGCCCAUCAUUACAAGGAUGAGCAGAGCACUGAGCCGGAAGCGCAAUUGGCAUCCCUACCGCCGCCGCCGGUCAAAUACGUCGAAGCGCCUUUGCCCGCGGUGAACCCCUGGACGAGAAACCGAACAUCGGCGUCGCAAACCGCAAAGACUCUUCCCUUACAACAGCAGCAGCAGCAGCAGCAGCAGCAGCAGCAGCAGCAGCAGCAGCAGCCACAGCCACAACACAACAGCAAUCACAUCAACCACCCAAUGUCGUCGCAACGUCUACAUGCGUCGACAAACAGAGCGAGAGGGAAAGGAGAGUGCUGCAACCGCAGCAGCAACAGCAACAGGAUGCCACAGUUACAACAGGCAAGUGAUUUUACAAACAUUGGAGAUUGGCCUACUUUAGGAACACAAAUAGAGAGGAAAACAACUAUAAUUCCUUUGAAGCAAAAUGGUGUGCUUAAUGGUGAACCAAGUACCUCUAAGAUGUGCAACAUUGUCGAAAGUAAAGGCAAGGAGAAUAAGGAACAGAUAAACUAUCAAGAUGAUAGCGACGAGCAUAUGGAUAAUAAUGAAAAGAAAAGGAAAGCGAAUAAACAAAAAUGGGUCCCGCUUGAGAUUGACUUGGCACAAAAUCGUGGGACUAUGCGAUCACCGAGAUUUCAAAAUCAUAGAGAAAGAAAUGGUGAAGCGAACGAUGGUGAGCACUGGCGUGAAAGGGAUUACGAUAGAUCAACUGGAUAUAAUUCACGAGGACGCGGUGGAAGAAAUUACAGAGGUAGAGGACGAGGCGGGCGUGGCCGUGGUGGUUUCAGACACCGAUACGAUCACGAGUAUACAAAUUAUACGACGGACUGUGCACAAACCCAUAAAUAUGAACAUACGGAUUCUGGAUAUAUGAUACCUUAUAUGGGAACAUGCUAUUUUAAUAAUGCAAAUUACAUAGAUACCAUUACGUUAAAAGAAUAUAUACGAAAACAAAUAGAAUAUUACUUUUCUGAAGAAAAUCUUGUGAAGGAUUUUUUCCUACGUCGUAAAAUGAAUGCUCAAGGAUAUUUACCUCUCACUUUGAUCGCAUCUUUUCAGCGUGUACAAAAUUUAACGGUGGAUAUAGAUUUGGUGAUAGAAGCAGUCUUGGAAUCCGAUAGACUGGAGUUGUUAGAAUUAGAAGAUGGAUAUAAGAUUAGGACAAGAUUCGAUCCGUUAAAAUGGCCUCUUUUGGACAUAGCUAGUAAUAUCGCCUUUUCAGAUCAUGUGCAACAAUCUAACCCAUCUCAGUCCGAAGUAAUUCCUACCUCUGAAACUACAUUUUGUCCUAUUGCAAAGCCUUUAUCUACAAUGCCUGUUCCUCCAGUUCCUCGUGUGUUUGACUCUUAUCAUUCCAUUUCAUCAGUAAGAUUUGAUGAACCAGAGACAAAUUCUUCCACAAUAAAUGAGAUUCUAAAUCCUGAUGUGCCAGAGUUUGUGCCGACAACGGAAAGAAUCAAUGGAUUUACCGCUACGAAACAACAAUCAAACAAAGAUAACAGUAAUCAAACAAAGACAACAAACAAAUUUCACUUUGAAAAGAUAAAAGAAACAAUGGAGAUUGCAGAAAAGUAUCUUCUCUCUUUUAAUAAUAGUUCUCUCACGAAUGUAAGAGGAGACAAUGAAUUACCGGCCACAGCAGAUGCUUCUACUUCAGACAGCUUAUCAGAACGAAUCAACGGAGAAUCGGAUUCAUCAAGUGACAAUGCUUGGAAGGAGGUGAGAAGAAGAGUCAAACAUCUACAUAAAGAGAAAACAGAAGAGAGACAUUCACACAAGGACAGAACAGAAGAGAAAGAGAAAUCUGAAAUGAAAAAUGCAAUACGAGAAGAGCUGGAUUUUCAAUUUGACGAGGAACUGGAUUCACCGCCACCGACUGGUCGACAUAAUGCCUUUUCAGAAUGGUCUGAAGAUGACGAUGAUAAUGAAUUAUCGGAUAGAGAUAUUAAUAAAAUAUUGAUAUUUACUCAAAUCAAUCCUACAUCAUCCAGAAUCCCAAAACAUGAGGGCCAUGAUAGAACAGGAGAGUGGACUACAAGAGUAAAAAUGACUCAAGAAUUAGAACAAUUUAUCAAUGACGGAUUACAUUAUUAUGAAGAACAAUUAUGGAGACAAAAUUUUCAAAGACAUGGUUCUUCUUCGUCCAUUGGAAGUUACAAAACGGUUAAUAUGAUUAGUCAAGAAGAUUUCGAAAAAAUGGCGCCGAAAGCUCCAAGAAAAGCAAAUCCGGAAGUUCCACCACCACCACCUCCUUCUAUGGAAGAUUUAGAAGUUUCGGUUUCAUCACAGCUUCCAAGCACAAGUCCAGAUAAGAAAGAUAAUAGACAGGAAAGGAAUCGUUGGAGUGACAAACUUUGUCCACGAGAAGGACGAAGAAAUACCGCGCCACGUUUCUUUGCUGUUGUGAAAGAUGGACCGUCUGUUGAUCCGAGAACGCCACGAAAAAGGAAGACUCGUCACAGCAAUAAUCCUCCAGUGGAACAUCAUAUUGGUUGGGUUAUGGACGUUCGAGAACAUCAUCCUCGAACGUAUUCCGCAGGGAGUAGCGCAGGCACAAGUCCUAAUGAAGGUUAUCUUGCUAAUAGUUAUGGAAGUGUUCCCAGUAUCUGUGAACAUCCGAGUCAUGCUUUGUUGAAGGAUAAUGGAUUUACUCAACAAGCAUAUCACAAAUAUCAUUCGCGUUGUUUGAAAGAACGAAAACGAUUAGGUAUCGGACAAUCUCAAGAAAUGAACACACUUUUCCGUUUCUGGUCGUUUUUCUUGCGAGAAAACUUCAAUCGUACCAUGUACGAGGAAUUCAGAACUAUAGCCAAAGAAGAUGCCUGCGAAGGAUACCGAUACGGACUAGAGUGCCUUUUCAGAUUUUACAGUUACGGCUUGGAAAAGAAGUUCAGACAUACAUUGUAUACAGAUUUUGAAAUGGAAACGAUACAAGAUUAUGAAAGCGGACAGCUGUAUGGAUUGGAAAAAUUUUGGGCAUUUUUGAAAUAUUAUAAAAACUCUGAUCAGCUUCAUGUAGAUCCUCAAUUGCAAGAGUACCUAUCAAAAUUCAAGAACAUCGAAGAUUUUAGAGUAGUAGAACCUCAAAUACAUGAGAUGCUUCAAGCUGCAAAAAUACGUAAUAGGACUGUUUCUGAAAGUGCUAGAGAAGAUUCACUGACAAGCGAACGCCUUUCAGACUAUAAUACACUGCCAAACGCGCAAGAGUCGCAUUUAUCGCAGUUUCGAAAUAGGGCUGGUUCUUUCGGCUCUAAAUCAUUGUAUCAUUUUCGACGACGGAAUGAUUCCGCAUCAUCAAGCAGUCAGCGAAAUAGACAGAGUUCUGGUUUCUCUACGAAACCUUUUGAAGCGAAUAAAUCGUAAGUCACUGCCAGAGAACGAACUCAAGCCAGCUCCAACUUCGAAGCGAGCAAAUCCGUCACGAUUAAGACAGAGGGCUCGUCUACCUCUCAAAAAUAAAAUGGUGCAGCGAUAAAAAAAAAACACGUAAAUUUCGAAUAAAUCUGUGAAUUGACAGAAAAUCGAAUCGCCCUCUAGAUGAAGUGGCGAUAGUAUUUUCGGUAAUAUACAUUAUUGAGAAUUAAUAUCAUAAAAUGAAAAAUGGAAAUCUCUAAUCUUAUUUGUGUGAUUUUAGAGAUUAUUAUUAUUGGAAUAUGAAGUAAAUUCUUGAUAAUAGAUUUAGAACCGUGAUUUAGCGUUUAAGAUUAUAUUUACCGAUAUUUAAACCCCUUGGCGUGGUAGCGCAUUACGAAAGAUAUUUUCACUCGCUUUUCAUAUUGUUUGCGAUAUUUAACUAUGUUACAAGAUAGAACUGAAGCCAGAAAAAUGAUGAGAAUGCGUGUGUGUACAUGAAGCAAUAUAACGAUGGAAAUGUAUAUAUCCUAGUACUUUCAGUUACACUUUUAUUUCAUAUUCUGAUACAAAUAUAGUGACAACACCUCGAGCAGGCGAACAUUACCUGUGCAGAAACGUCCUGUAAGAUAUUGUUUGCUCAAACGAGUGUUUGAUGUAUGCAAAAAGAUGAAGUGCUACUUUUAUCUAAAAGACAACAUAAAGACUAAAUAUAUAU